AUGAAUAGUAUAUUCAAUCUCUUCAAAUCCAGUCCUGAGGCUGCUAAAAUAUUGCGCAUGAUCCUAGCCUUACCUCAUUUGCCAGCAGAAGUGAAUCCCAAUUGCAGGUUCACAAUUUUUGACGGAUUCAGGGUGGUUGUUGAAUUUGCCAACCAACAUCCAAACAUUUCUCAACGUUUGGAGAUUUUUCUCUUGGGUUAUGUUCAAGAUUUUUGGCUAAUACAAAUUGGCGCUUCAUCUAUAAGUGUCUACGGUUCUGAAGUCCGCACCAACAAUUAUUUGGAGUCAUUUCAUGCAACACUGCUAAACCAAAUGGGAAAACAUCCAAAUAUUUGGGAUUUUUUGCGUAAAAUCAAUUUUGUAAAACAAUAUUUGUUUGGAAAUUGGAAAUCUAAUCUAACUAUCUACCUAACCUGUGGAUUUGUAUUUAUUCGUUUAGUGCUGUGA